AUGUCCAUAAACGAGGUUGAUGUGAAGAAUGAUUCUGAUAAUGAUUUGGGUGAUGAUUUCGAUUAUCAACCGAAUGCAGAAGAUGAUGCUGAAGACGACGAUGUGGAUUCGCUGGAUUCUACUAGCAAGAGUGAAGAAGUUUGUGGUGUAAAAAGAAUAGCAGAUUUAAUGGUGGAGGAUAUUUGGAACCUGGAGUUUAGGACAGAGGAUGAGGACGACGUGGUUAGGGAUAAACAAGGUAGAAUCAUUAGCAGGCAACUUGUUUGCAACAAAGAGGGGUGGAGGAAUGUGAGGUAUCUUGAUCUGGAUGAUAGAUCAAGGGAGGCAAGGUCACUAACGCGAACCAAGUGUCCAGCUCGGCUUAGGGUAAAGCUUGACUAUGGCUACGGUUUAUGGAAGAUAUCAUGUUUUGUGGAAUCUCACAACCACGAUCUGACGCCACCCCAAUUUGCGCAUCUGGUUCCGGCCAAUCGUCGUCUCAGUGUCAUUGAUAAAGUCCAAGUGAAAAAUCUUCAUAAUUUUGGUGUCAAGACCUGCCAUAUUAUGGGGUAUAUUGCGUUCCAGAAGGGUGGAUAUCGUCAUGCUGGCUUCACACGCAAAGAUUUGUACAACCACGUUGAUCGUUAUCGUCGGUCGAAAGUUAAAAACGAGGAUGCCAAUGCGGCAAUAAACUAUUUGAUUGGUAAGUCAAACAAUGAUCCGCUGUUCUUUGGAAAGUAUACGUUCACUAGUGACGAAAGGCUCGAGCAUAUUUUUUGGGCAGAUGGGCAGUCAAUUAUCAACUAUCACUGCUUUGGGGAUAUUGUUGCCUUUGAUUCAACCUCCAAGAAGAAUAAAUACAACAAGCCUUUUGUCAUUUUCUCCGGAUGCAAUCAUCACGGGCAGACUGUUAUAUUCGGCUCCGGCCUACUAUCCGACGAAACCACAGAGACGUAUAAGUGGUUGUUGGAAACUUUUGUUGAAGCGAUGGGUGGAAAAAGUCCUAAAGCAGUAAUAACUGACGGAGACCUUGCCAUGCGAGAUGCAAUCAAGAAUGUUCUUCUUGAUGCGACCCAUCGGUUAUGCGGAUGGCAUCUGCAGAGAAAUGCAUGUGAAAAUAUAAAGAAUCCUAAUUUCCUGCGCAAUUUUAAGUGUCUUAUAUACGACAACAACGACCACAGAGAGUUUGAUUGGAGAUGGGCAGCCAUUUUGGAUAAGCACAACCUUGUUGGGAGUACCUGGAUGGAAAAGACGUACGAAACUCGUGCGAUGUGGUCCCAUUGUUUCCUCCGGGAUAAGUUUUUCGGUUACAUAAGGACGACAUCACAGUGCGAAGGUAUAAAUUCUCUCAUCAGAUUUUAUGUUAAUCGCAAGAACACCCUCAUUGAUUUCAUGCAUAACCUGGAUAGGGCCUUAAAGGAGUAUAGAAACAACGAAUUAAUAGCUGGCUUUAAGUCUCAGUUCUCAGAGCCAGUGAUGAUUACCUUGUUGGAGGUAUAUGAAAGAUCUGCAUCAUGUUAUUUCACGCGAAACAUUUUCAAGGAAAUUCGUAAUGAGAUUCAGAGGGCAGGGGCUUUGAAUAUCAAGGUACUAAGCACAACCUUGGACAAGGUCGAGUUCAGUGUGACUGCUCUCAGAGACCCGGCCAAAGAUCGAGGGUGGAAGUCGAUAGAGCCUUUUAAAAAGGGUGGAACAAGGAAGUUUACGGCGACGGGUAUGAGGAACCGGAAGGGUAAAGACAACACUUUUGAUGAGGUGAAGGAGUCACAGCAGGACAAGAGACAUUCAUUCACGAACUAUGAAUGCGUUAAUGAUGUCAUUGAUGAUAAAUGUGACACACCACAUGUGCAGAUCGAUUUAAUUGUGGUUGACUUUUGGGUAACGAGUUGCUACCAUUGUGAUUAUGCAAUUCAGUUGAUGAAUUAG